AUGGAUAAUUUCAAGGUUGCUACGUUUCCAUCAUCGAUGAUCAUGAGUUUGUCGUUGCCAACUCUCAGUCAUCUACUUAAUUUCAGACAUCUUGAGAUUAAUAGAUGGACAACUUUAAAACGUGUGGCAGCUAAGUUUUAUGGAUAUGAUGUAGUAGUUACGAGCAAGGAGACAAGGGCUUUGUUUCCAGUCUUGAAGACAUUCAAAUUAGUGAAUGGGCCACAGAACCCCAUCUCUCCUGAGGAUUUGAAGAUAACUUCGUGA